CGAUAUAAAGAUUUAUAAGAUGUUAGAUAGCAGUAAUAAUGAACACGCACUAUAACGCAUUGGUAUGCGUGUUACUUGGUGCAAGUAUACACUCGUGAGUUGUGUGUAGAUAAUAGUCAGGUCUAAUUCAUGAAAAUACGUACAUAUGUUUUCAUUCAUUGCGAGUAUACGUCUUCAUUCAUUGCGAUAAGCUAUCAGAUAAUUGUUAUAUUUCAACUCAACUGUAUUGAAUUUUAGUCAGUGAUAGAACGUACGUGAAUUCGGUCGUCAUGGAUUUUAAAGUAAAGUUUGAAACAGAUUUGUCGAAGUUACCGAUCGUGUCGAAUUCCUCUAUGAUUAAAGACAAUGAAACCUAUUUACAAAUCGUGAGUGAAGUGUUGGAGGCGAAAAAUGCUCCUAAAAAAACUUCAAAAGAUUAUCGCCGUUUAAACAGGUACGAUGUUAUUUACGCGAAUCAUGAGCCAAAGCUCGUUGCAGCUCGUACUGAUAGUGAUUCAGUCGACUUGGUGAUUAAGUAUUUCGUACACAAUGGGGAAGUUUUCGAUAUUUUGAAAGCACUUCACGAAGAGUGUGGUCAUGGUGGCAUUCAUAAAAUGGAAAAAGCUGUGCAGCUGAAGUAUGCUAACAUUGCUCGACCGAUUAUCAGUCUCUUUUUAAACCAUUGCGAAACAUGUCUUCGUAAAAGAUCGCAUCCAAAUAAAGGAGUAGUAGUGCAACCUCUACUGUUCAAAGAAAUUAAUGCCCGAGCUCAAGUAGAUUUGAUAGACUUCCAAUCGAGUAAGGAUGGUGAUUUUAAAUUCGUAUUAAAUUAUCAGGAACAUUUGUCGAAGUUUGUCUGCCUACGAGCUUUAAAAACGAAAACUGCAGCAGAAGUCGCAUACCAUUUGAUCGAUAUUUUUUGUACGUUUGGAGCACCGUCAGUUCUGCAGUCCGAUAAUGGUAGAGAAUUCGUGAAUUCGAUUAUAAAUGAAUUAAAAUUGAUGUGGCCAGCGUUGAAAAUCGUACAUGGCAAACCCCGACACAGCCAAAGUCAAGGCAGCGUAGAAAGAGCAAAUCGAGAUGUCGGUAAUAUGAUACGAGCAUGGAUGUCUGACAAUAAGACAACAAAAUGGCACGAUGGACUCCGUUUUGUUCAAUUUCAAAAAAACAACAGUCACCACAGGGGCAUAAACCAGUCACCGUUCGAAGUUAUGUUUGGCAGAAAGGCUGCAUUAGGAGUAGGCACUGCUCUGCCUAUGGCGGUUGCUAACUCUUUACAAACGGAAGAAGAAAUUGUAACAGCAUUGACAACCUCUCCUUCUAAUCCCAUUGCCACCUCUUCGUGCCAUGUUCAACACGCCUGUGAUGAGAUAAACAUCCCGUCCGUUUCGAAUGAAAUCGCCACCUCUUCAUGCCAUGUUCAACGCGCAUGUGAUGAGAUGAACAUCCCGUCCGUUUCGAAUGAAAUCGCCACCUCUUCAUGCAAUCAUGAAUUGGUUGAUGAAAAUGAAAAUACCGUAUCAGAUUCGGAAGAAAGUAAUGAAAUGAGAAGAAAAUUACGCAGCUGUAUUGACGGUAACCGAAAACGAGCAAUUCAAGGUUUAGAAAAACAAGCCAAAAAAAUGAAAGCUGGUAGCGAGGCAAAGUUUGGGGUAAUUGAACGGGGUACAACAGUCACCGUUCCAGUUCCAGAGGUAGACCGAAGCAAAUGCAACCCUAGGAACAUUAUAGGUGUGGUCCUCGAGGUUGUUGAUGGGCAAUUCUACCGGAUUGGCACGAAAGAUGGUACACUCCCUCAGUUGUUUUCCAGAGGGCAAAUUGCACCUAGCACAAAAGAGUUCUUGGCCAUUGAAAACGUCCCCCCAGAAAGUAUCACAAUAAGAGAAGCGAACGGAAAAUCAAGUAUUUCUGGGGGACAAGGAUUCCAGAAAUGUUCCUGCACCACGAAAUGUACUUCUAAUAAGUGCGCUUGUCGCAAAAAAGGUGUAUUAUGUAACUCCAGGUGCCACAGUUCCUUGAGCUGUUGUAAUAAGUAGGUGACGACUGACGAGGAGAUAGUUUAUAAGUACACUAAAUAAAAUCUAAUGUUUUUAAUUUUACCCAUAACACGACGUAAUAGUCCUAGUAGAUUAACAUAAGUUGAAUUUUUAAAAUAAAUGUAUGCAUGUGA